CCAGCUGAAUAUAAAGUGUAAGUUAAAAGCUGUUGGUGUAAUAAAUAUUAUUUAAAGUAACAAUGUAAUAUAUAGAGUAAGUAAAUCUGUAUGAAAAUGUAAUUGUGAGUGGAAUUUUUACAUGAACAGCUGCCAUCUCAGCAUUGCUGACUCUUACAUCUGGAACAGUCACAGAUAAGAGACUUUUUUUUUCUUGAAGGUGAUGACUUUAUCUACAACAGCCUCAAACUUAAAACUGUAUAGAUCAAAAGAGGCUGAUGGGAUAAAAUGAACUGACAGAGAGAAAUAAGCUGGACUGAAUAUUUCCUGGAGCUAAAGAUGGAACAGCUUGAAAAUAGCAAGGCAACAGAUGUAAAGAUGAAAACUUGCAAGUCUUCUCCGGAGCAUGAGAUGAAGAAUGAAUGGCAGAAUCAGAUGAAUUUAAAAGAAGAAGAAGAAGAUGAUUGUCCCACCACUGAACAGUCGAGCCUUCAGCAGCACAUUAAGACUGACCCUGAAGAGACACCUUACCCUUGCAAACAGUGUGGAAAGAGUUUCAAGGAGCAAAGAUACCUUAAGAAUCACAUGAGGACUCACACCGGAGAGAAACCUUACAGGUGCCACCAGUGUGAAAUGUGCUUCACGCAUAAACAGUCGCUCAAAUAUCACGCGAGGAUUCACACCGGAGACACAACUUUCACCUGCCCUCAGUGCGGGAAGAGUUUCACAACCAAACAAAACCUCGAACAUCACAUCCGGAUUCACUCCGGAUCGACGGCGUUCACUUGCUCUCAAUGCGGUAAGAGUUUCACAAAUAAACAGUCUCUUAAAAAACACAUGAGCACUCACACCGGAGGGAAGUGUUUCACCUGCCCACAGUGCGGAGUGAGUUUCACUGCAAAAUACAGCCUUGAAGAUCACAUGAGCAUUCACACUGGAGAAAAGCCAUUCAGCUGCUCCCAGUGUGCGAUGAGUUUCAGAAUGAAGAAAUUUCUCCACCAUCACAUGAGAAUUCACACUGGAGAAAAGCCGUUCGAGUGCAGACAGUGUGGAUUGCAUUUCCUGACGAAAUAUAAGCUUACUUGUCACAUGAGGAUUCACACCGGCGAGACGCCAUUCACCUGUCCUCAAUGUGAGAAGGGUUUCACUGAGAAACAAAACCUUUUAAAGCACAUUAGGACUCACACCGGAGAGACGCCCUUCAUCUGCUCUCAUUGCGGGAAGAGUUUCGCGCAUAAAUAUUCCCUUAAUUAUCACACGAGCAUUCACACCGGAGGGCAGCGCUUCACCUGCCAACAGUGCGGAGUGAGUUUCACAAUAAAACGCAAUCUGGAGAAUCACAUGAGCAUUCACACCGGAGAGAAGCCUUUCAUUUGCUCCCUCUGUGGGAAGAGAUUCAGGAUGAACAAUAACCUUCGCCAUCACAUGAGGAUUCACACCGGAGAAAAGCCGUACCCGUGCAUAAAGUGCAAGAAGAGUUUCACCACCAAAUAUAAGCUCGUGUGUCACGUCAGGACUCACACCGGAGAGACGCCGUUCACUUGUCCGCAGUGCGAAAAGAGUUUCAGGCUGAAGCAAGGCCUUGCAAGGCACAUGAAGAUUCACAGCCGAGGGAGGAGUUUUACGUGCCAACAGUGCGGAAAGGCUUUCACGGCCAGAAGCAUUUAUAAACAUGUUGUGAGUGUGAACACUGGAGAGAGCUCCUUCAUGUGCUUUCAGUGUGGAAAGAGUUUCAGACAGAAGCAAAACCUUUAGAAUCACAUUGGAAUUGAAACUGAAGAGAAGCUUGUGUGUGGCUGUUCAUUUUAAAAGGCACGGGAAAAAUAGGGCUGAGCGAUUAAAACGAUAACAGAACAGUCUACAAUAUACAUUUCCCUGACAAUAAUGUAUUUUCACAUACAAUUAAUCCAGGGCUGCCCAAACUCGGUCCUGGAGGGCCGGUGUCCUGCAGAUUUUAGCUACAACUUGCCUCAACACUGCUGCAUGGAUGUUUCUAGAAAGCCUAGUAGGAGCUUGGUUAGCUAGCCCAGGUGUGUCUGAAUGGGGUUGGAACUAAACUUUGCAGGACACUCGCCCUCCAGGAUUGAGUUUGGGCACCCCUGCAUUAAGUAAACAGGCCAAAGGCAGAGCAAAACAGACCUACCUGUUUGAUCCACGAACUGCAUAAAUCAUUUAUCAGCAUGGCGGAAAAGAGAUGAGCUUAAAGGUGGCCUAUCAUGCAAAUACAGCUUUUGGAAGCUUUUUGGACUGAAAUGUGUGUAGGAAUUGUGUGUACACAACAAUAUCGUAUACACCAGGGAUGAGCAAGCUUGAUCCUUGAGGGCCGGUGUCCCUGCACAGUUUUGCUCCAACACUAAUGGUCCGUUUCCACUGAGUGGUACAAUACGGGUCACCUUUAUCAGGCUUGUGUUUCCACUGCCAAGGGUACCCUUUUGGUGGGCGUGGUGUUCGUCAGAAAGUUUCAGUCAACGUUAUUCUCACUCGAAAUGUCAAAUUAAAGCUGUACGGGUCCUUCACAUCAUAUGAGAAGCACUUCUUACAAAACAGAUGCUUUAGACACAUAAAUACUUGUGUUUGAAUGUUCAUUACCUUUCUAUGAACAUGAUUUGAUUAUAACUGCAGGUCAAUGAUAGGGUGAAAUAGCCUAUUAUAAUGUCUGCGAUUUUCUAAAAUAAAUAAAUAAAAAAUGCAACAUACAUGAACACAAAGCCUCUUACAGUCUCCAAUAUUUUACCAAUUACAUUGAAACUACACACAGCAGACAUUUAGUCCUUAUUUGGGUUCAAAAACAACACACAACAUAUAGCUCACAGUCAGUGCAAACCUCUCAUCUGUAUCUUUAAUUUUCACCAGCACAUGUAGCCUCUGUUAGAAAGUAAUUCCUUCAUUCCGAGUUCAUAAUAGUCCAAAAGGCGAUGAUAAUAGUUAAACAUGGCAGUUUUGUUCAUUGUUUAGGUUGCUGAAAGAAUCAUUUGCUCCUUGUUUUUUUGGGCUUCUCCUUUGUUUUUUCGCAUGUCACUCUCGCGUUUGUUCGUUUCUGAAAGGAUGUCAAAAGCACUUCAAUAAUCACGCGCAUGGUAUUACAGCUCAAGAAGUUCGUUACUUCAAAUAAAAAUGCACAACGAGUGCAAGCAAGAAAGCGAAACCACUCUCCCUUUAGACGGUCUUGUAAACAACUACGAGGCACAGGGUAUUUCUGCUCUUCUUCUUGGCUUUGUGGCUGUUCAUCAAGAAGAUAACAAGGUUUGUUAAAGCUCGGGUCAACCAUGGCUCGUUAUUAUAUGCAUAUAUUAUUACGAUGUAAUGUCUCCGCUGUUGAUUUUAAAACAUGGCGGGUCCAUUGUUUUCAUUCUCCUGGCUUGUUGCAUGAGUGAGUGACGUAUCUCUGUAAACCAACAACGUUCAGCUGCGUGGCUUGCUCCACCUUUUAGUACUCUUUUGUUGUGCUAGGUACCCUUCCGCAAGGGUACCCAAAAAGUGGUACGGUACGGUUCGCUUUUAGAUACAUUUUAAGAGUGGAAACGGUCAUAAAAGCAUGCCGAACCGUACCAUACCAUUCAGUGAAAACGGGCCAUAAUCAAACACACCUGAACACACCAAGAUCACUAGAAAGCUACAGGCAGGUGUUUUUGAUUAGGUUUGAAGCAAAACUAUGCAGGACACCGGCCCUCCAGGAUCGCGAUUGUCCAUCCUUGGUAUACACACAUGGUAUUAAAAAAGUCUUUUUUGUUUCCUAAAAUUAAACCAGGAUCCAAAACCCAGCAAUUCUGAGGCCAACCGCACUGUAAUGUACAAGUUUGGUUUCCCUGCCCAUCAUCAGUAUUGAUUGACAGGCCAUGUCUCAUUAUUACUACGUAAUAUCUUGUCCACAGGACAGGAUUUGCAAAGAAACUGGGAUUAAAAGAUUGGUUAACUAUCUGUGAUCCAGCCUCACCUCAAGAAGUGGUACAAAAACAAAAAGUCUGUAAAAUCGAUAUGUAAAUCAUAACUACUCGAAUCACCACAGGUGCAUAGUGACAGUAAAACUAUAAAUGAGAAUGCUCCAAUCACCCUACCUGCCAACACUCCUGAUUUUCCCAGGAGUCUCUCGUAUUUCACACCCAUCUCCUGCUACCCUCCCAUUUUGUUAUUUCUUUUGGGAAACUGCUGUCAUUUGAAUGGCCUAAUCUUAUUGAUGAAAUAUUUAAACCUCGAAACAUUUUUUACCUCAAUUUGGCAACACGUUACAACCAAGUUGUGCUGUUAAUUUCUGCACAGGUGGUGGAUGUGGGAUUUGAAUGGCGGCAGUAGCAAUGUAAGUAGUAGACCAAUUUUAAAUCAUGUUUUUUUGUGUAGAGUUAUGUUAGCCGUAAUGGAUUAUCAUACAGCAGCAUAUAUUCACAUGUGUUGUGGGCAUCCUGUCACAUUUGCCACAAAUAAAUGCACAAAACAACACAACAUGUUAACUUUGAAAUGGCAUUUGUGUGUGGCACUUUCAUCUUUGCUGAAUAAACUCCACAACAAAUACACCAAAUAGCCAUAACGUCUUAACUUCGAUAUUGGUGACUGUUGGGUAUCUGUUUCAUCAGUGUUUGAAUUGCUGUCUGUUAUUGUGCUGUGUUUAUCUGAGGACAUCUUGAAGGUCGGAGAGAAUCAGCUAAUUUGCAUUUAAAGGCACAGCUGCAAAACGGCUAAAACUGACCCUAAAAUGUACAUUUUCAAUGGUAUAAUAAAUGAUGUGAAGGGUGUUUUGAGCUGAAACUUCACCGGCAUUUAGAAGACACCAAAUUU